GCUAGAAAUCAGGCCACGGUCACUGUGCUAAGGGGCGGGGCGCUCAGUCGCCCCUAGUUCUCCCUUCGCCAGGGCCGGGCUCCCGGCCGGAGGGGCUGCGGAGCUCUCAGAGACCCCUGAGCGCCCCGCCCCCGCCUCAGGCCCUCCCGGAGCUCCCCCCCCUCUUCCCGGUGCUGACUCUCGGCCAGAAGAGGAAAGGCAGUCUCCACCCACCUCUCGCACUCUCCCUUCUCCUUUAUAAAGGCCGGAACAGCUGAAAGGGUGGCAACUUCUCCUCCUGCCGCCGGGAGCAGCCCGCCUGUCUCCCCGCGCGCCCGCAGCCUCCCCCAGGGCUCCCCUCUGGCCGCCAGCGCCCAUCUUUCAUUUCCGAGAUUGCGAUAUUUUGCGCACACACGCAUACACACACGCGCAAAAAGGGGGGGGGGGGGAAGGCCCACCCUCCAGCCUCGCUGCAAAGAGAAGCCGGAGCAGCCGCAGCUCACAGCCCGCAGAGGACGCCCAGAGCGGCGAGCGCGCAGACAGACGGACCGACGGACUCGCGCCGCGUCCACCUGUCUGCCGCGCCCGGCACUGCGCGCAGCGGGCACGCCGCGAGCGCGGAGCAGCCGUGCCCGCCGCCCGGGCCCCGCGCCAAGGCGCACACGCUCCGGCCCCCCCCACCCGGCCCGGGCGGGAGUUUGCACCUCUCCCUGCCCGGGUACUCGGGCCGCCGCUGCAGAGCCAACUUUGGAAAAAGUUUUUUGGGGGAGACUUUGGCCUUGAGGUGCCCGGCUCUGCACUUUCCGACUUCGGGGGCCUUUCUAGAAAAUGUUGCAAAAAAGCUAAGCCAGCGGGCAGAGGAAAACGCCUAUAGCCGGCGAGUGAAGACGAACCAUCGGCUGCCGUGUUCUUUUUCCUCUUGGAGGUUGGAGUCCCCUGGGCGCCCCCACACGGCUAGACGCCUCGGCUGGUUCGCGACGCAGACCCCCGGCCGUGGAUGCUCGCUCGGGCUCGGGAUCCGCCCAGGUAGCGGCCGCGGACCCUGGUCCCGCGCCCAGGCCCUCCCCAGCCCCCCAACGACGGAGCCGGGGCCGGGGGCGGCGGCGCCCGGGGGCCAUGCGGGUGAGCCGCGGCGGCGGCUGCAGCGGCCUGAGCGCCUGAUCGCCGCAGACCCGAGCCGAGCCCACCUCCUUCCCCAGCCCCCGCCCCCCACCCUGGCCGCGGGGGCGGCGCGCUCGGUCCACGCGUCCGGGGCCCCGCGGGGCCGGGCCCGGAGUCGGCAUGAAUCGCUGCUGGGCGCUCUUCCUGUCUCUCUGCUGCUACCUGCGUCUGGUCAGCGCCGAGGGGGACCCCAUUCCUGAGGAACUCUACAAGAUGCUGAGUGACCACUCAAUCCGCUCCUUUGAUGACCUCCAGCGCCUGCUACACGGAGACUCCGUAGACGAAGACAGAGCCGAGUUGGACCUGAAUUCGACUCGAUCCCAUUCUGGACGCGAGCUGGAGAGCUUAUCCCGAGGGAGAAGGAGCCUAGGUGAGGCUGCAGGUUCCCCGACGGUCGCCGAGCCAGCCAUGAUCGCCGAGUGCAAGACACGCACGGAGGUGUUCGAGGUGUCCCGGCGUCUCAUAGACCGCACCAACGCCAACUUCCUGGUGUGGCCGCCCUGCGUGGAGGUGCAGCGCUGCUCCGGCUGCUGUAACAACCGCAACGUGCAGUGCCGUCCCACCCAGGUGCAGCUGCGGCUUGUCCAGGUGAGAAAAAUCGAGAUUGUGCGGAAGAGGCCAGUCUUUAAGAAGGCCACGGUGACCCUGGAGGACCACCUGGCGUGCAAGUGUGAGACGGUGGUGGCUGCACGACCCGUGACCCGAAGCCCGGGGAGCUCCCAAGAGCAGCGAGCCAGGACACCCCAGACUCGGGUGACCAUUCGGACGGUGCGAGUCCGCCGGCCCCCCAAGGGGAAGCACCAGAAGUUCAAGCACACGCAUGACAAGAAGGCACUGAAGGAGACCCUCGGAGCCUAGGGGCAUCUGCAAGAGCGUGCGGGCAGGGUUAUUUAAUAUGGUAUUUGCUGUAUCGCCCCCAUGGGGUCCUUGGAGUGAUAAUAUUGUUCCCCUCGUCCGUCUGUCUCGAUGCCUGAUUCGGACGGCCAAUGGUGCUUCCCCC